AUGUUACGUCAACUCCACGAUGGAAUGAUCGGUGCAAUCUACGAGGCAUUCGCAGAGAACGAUGGAAUGACGCAGGACUACGUACUCGUCCCCACCCUCUUCAGUCUCAUGUUCUCUGGCAUAAUGAUGAACGUCUACCGUGAUGAGCGCCCUGGGACCGACGGCCACCUUGUCAGCAGGGGGCGAAUGCAGGCCCGGAAGCCUCACUCCACAACUAUAGUAGGCAGACGAACUCAAGAAAUGUCAACCAAAAGUUCAAAAUGCGUUUUAAUUUCGAAAAGAUUAAUUAAGCAGGGUUGUAAAACUAAUUUGUAUGCAUAAUAAUUCUAUAAUGAUUCAGUUACCUCAGGAUGCUGGCUUUCAAACGAAGUUCAUUCCGGUUGCAUGCACAAACGAUGCUCUGUGAAAAAUUACUACUUAUGUAGCAUGCAUUUUUCGAUUAUUUUCGAUACACUUAAAAAUGUAGUUAUUUUUCGUCAAAAGGAAGCAUGAGAAUAUUCAUUCCCAUGCUCAGUUGGUAGAAAACUAGGUUUUAUUUCAAUUUUAUACUCACAGGAACGGUAUGAUUCGGUUUUCAAAAACUUUUUCCGAUUCCCAAAUACAUUUGGACCCGACCUGCCGUUACACUUGCGUUCAGGGUUUCAAAACAACAAGCCGUAUAUGUUCUGCGUACGGUAAACCAUAUGUUCCUUUAGCGUAUUAAGAGGAGACUAUAUGUCGUUAGUCACAUUUUGCAGUGAAUUAGGGUCAUAUUGUUUAACUCUGCAAGCCACAUUGAUGAAUGCUGAGAUAUGACAUUUUAUGAGCGGCCACUUCAUGGUAUUAAAAAUCCCGCAAUUAGAAACUUUAAAACCGAAUUAUACCCUUCCUUCGAGUAUAAAAUUGUAAGAAGACGCCAUUUUUUAUCGAGUAAGCAAAUGGCUGAAUAUUUUUAUGUGUGUUUUUCGUGAAACAUAGUUGAACAUCUAAGAGCAUCCAAAAUCAAUAAAACAAAUGUAUGCUUCUCAAGUGGUCAUUUUUACAGAGUAAAGUUUUUGUAUGCAGCCGGAAGGAAGUUCGUUCAAAAGCUAGCAUCCUGAGGUAACGUAAUUUUUAUGGAAUUAUUAUGCAGGCAAAUUAGUUUUACAACCCUGCUUUGAUGAACGCUCCGGGAUCCGCGUCAACGACAGGACCAAAGGACCCUUUCUCAACAACCGGUGAAUUCAAGCCCUGGCGCGUCCCUCCACAGCUACUUUCCAAAAUCUGCUCUUCGCUGACGACUGCGCACUCAGCCGCACGACCGACGAAGUCAUGCAACAGAGCAUGAAUCUCCUCGCCUCCGGCUAAGGACAAGACGAUGAUCAUGCAUCAACAGCCAUCGACCAUUGAGUACAGUGUCCCUCGCAUCCGCGUCAACAGCAGCAAACUGAAGAUCGUGGAUAACCUAGGCAGCAUAAUGUCUAGCUACAUCAGAAUCGACGACGAAGUGGCCCAUCAGAUCUCCAAAGUCAGCUAUGCAUUCGGUCGGCUUCAGAACUCCGUGUGA